AUCAGACCUUUGGGCGGCGCUAUCGGCUAAGAUGGGGAAGAAGAAAUUCAUCAAUAAGAGGAACUCAGCUACCUUCCGCCUCUUAGCUCGCGAUUCGUCUACCGUCUAUACGGAAGGUGGCGCGCCGGCUCUACCUGAUCGCGUUUUUGUUCGGGUUGACAACAACUCCUAUUUAUCUCACGGCUUUCUGGAUGACGAGGUCGAGCGCCAAGAUGUCUACCACGAUUGCGGCGGCAACUCCGACUCCAUCUUUGCUGAUGCAUCUGAUGAUACAGGCGCUGGAGAUUUUGUUGGUUCUCUUCACCCAUUGAUUGUCGAUUGUGCUAGCAGUGCAGGAUCCAACGGGGCUCUCCCGGACCAUGUGAGAAAAGAAAUCCUGGAGUUGGGGUUUCCUGAUGAUGGCUAUAAUUAUUUAAAUCACCUGAGGGAAAUCAGAAAUUCUGGUGGUGGAUACGCCUAUUAUCACAACAGCAAGGCCAGGCUCGAUCUUGUCGGGGCAGAUGUCAAGGCUUAUGACGCUUCUAGGCUGCGGGUCAGUGGUGAAGAGGCCAGCAGCAGUGGUAUGUACACUGUUGCGGCAAAGACAGUUGCUGUGACUGUGAAGAAGGCGUUGGAUCCUGAUGUUUUGAGGUUGCUCAAUGAUGAUAAUGAUGAUUUGUCUAGGUUUGUUUCUGACGUGGAGGACUUGGAGGAGGAUUUUUGUAGUCCGGGCCAAUUGUAUAGAAGGAGAGGACCAAGAAGAGGUAGAACUCGAGGUGUUGAGAAGCCAAGGGCUCCUCGACUUCUUGAUGAACAGUUUGAUCUGCUCACUCUUCGAGAAUAUGACACAGACAGUGAAAGUGAUAAUGCUGUUAUAGAAGAUGAACCGCUUGCUAAUAAACUUAAUUGUGUCCUUCAAGGGCGUGCAAUUGAUGAUUUAGAGCUUGAAGGCAGUUAUAAAGCUCCUGGUGAUUUUGUCAAUGGGAAUCAAGGGUCAGGUGCAGAUAAACAGCCAGAUGAUUCUGCUGAGCUAAUUCGUAAGUGUGUGGAGUAUGCACAAAUGUACUGCGAUGAAAAUCAUGUUGAUGAAGAAAUGGUGUUAGUACCUGAAAGCAGCGAUGAAUCAGAAGUUUGGGACUGUGAGACUAUUGUUUCCACAUACUCAAAUCUUGACAAUCACCCUGGGAAGAUUCAUACUCCAUCAAACCAAAAGAAGCUUCCAGCAACUGGUGAUGGCAUAUCAAAGAGCAACAUCAUUGCUCUCCGUGGAAAGGAGAAGUUACCAGUGGACUUUUUGCCACACAACAAGCCAAGUGUUGAGAAACCAAAGAGAACAGUGAGUGCAGAAGCUAAUAAGCCGAGGAGUAGACAACAUUGUUCGGAGUCAAAAGAGGAAAAGAAAGAGCGCAAGGCUGCUCUAAAAGAAGAAAAAAAAGAAGCUCGUCGUGCAAAGAAAGACUUGAAAGUUUUGUACAAAUGUGAAACUCAGAAAGCUCAGAAGGUUGCUGCUGUUAGUGGUCCAUCUUCUAUCCAUCUUAUGUGA